UGUAUUUUGCUCUAAACCACACCAAGCGAGCAUGAGUUUUUGUCUUUUGUUGUUCGGUGUGGGUUGUCAUAUAUGAAGCUAUGGGCUCUGGGCUAUCAGUCAAGAAAAGACGUGUUGACUAAUCCGGUGUGGUGUGGGUUGCGCCUCACACGACACUGACAUAUGUAGAGACUUUUAACCUGCCAAUGCAUUUCGAACGAGUGGCAACUUCACUACAAUUUUGUGUAUCUUUGACACCUCUUAGUUAAAUAUUAGACAAUGUUGGGGAAAUGUGGGAACUACCAAACUUUGAUUUUAUUGUUUCAUUUAAUUUGUGAGUUCUGAACUUUUACACAAAAUAUACUUUAUCACAAUCAAACCAUAUUCUAUGGUUAGGUUUUAUCAGAAGGCCAAAUAUUACUCUGUUUUAUGCGCUAAGACUUUACUUUAUAAAUCGUUAUGUAUUUAUAAGGAGUAUGUGAUUUUUAACUGUUAUACUGCUAACCUAAUGCUACGUUCGGACCGACAUUAAAACAGUGUUUUCAUUGAAAAAAUGGGUUUUCGUUCGAAAACUUGUGUUUUCAUAUAUACAAAAUCUGUCAAACGAAAUCUCAGUUUUCGCUGAAAACUUCUUGAAAACUUACAUUCCACUCAUUAUAAUCGAUGCCUGCUCUAGUUUAGUCGAUAUAAUUGGAAGACCUAUUUUGCCAUUCCCAAAUUGUCAGUUGAUAUUUGUUUACAUUUUAAAAAAGAAUGUAGAAAAAACAAAAGUACAAAAAAAGAAAUUCCUGGGGUGAGAGGGAGGAAGCGCUUCUAAUUGAAUUGUGGGAAAAUAAGGUGUGUGCUCUUCGCGGGCCCAAAAAAAAUAGCCACAUUUUAGAAGAAAUGGCUGUGGAGUUGCAGCAACAAGGUGUGCUAUUCACAGCGGCCGAAAAUAAAACAAAGAUGCAUAAUCUGACGCAAAGAUUUAGGAAGGAGAAAACAGCAGUCGGUUCAACUGGCGGUUCCUCCUCGAAGUGGCAUUUAUACCAGAAAAUGAGCGCCAUACUGUCCCCAUAUUUUAGCUACAACACUGAGAGUUUAGUGGAAGAAAGCUUCUAUAGCAGUGUCGACCAGCUCCUACUAUUUUUAUUAGUCUUCGUUUUUUCACACCUACAGUUGAGCGUUCGUUUUUUCACACCAACAUGCCCGAAGCUUCGCAGCAGAACAAGCGAAAACAAAUCAGUAGCUGUCUGAAUUUUGAACAAGCCACACCUUACUCGUUCGCUAAAGCAAAUCAGACACUCGCUACGGCAAAAUUUGUUCUUGCACUGAGCAAAAAAAUGGAUCAAUUUUUUAUGUAUGAAAAUGAAAAUAAUCUUGAAUUUUUUAGUUGUUUUGGAAACAAAGGUUAUGAUGCCUAUCGGAUAUUAGAAUCUGUCCCUUUGUCCCGUCUCACGCUAGUUCGUCGAACAGAACAAAUAAGUUCAAAUAUUUUUAGAUGUUCAAUAUAUAGACUUAGAAAUUGUAUGUCUGGAUUCAACUUUAUAUAAGAACACAAUAAACGAUAUCUAGAAGCUUUAAUAAUUAUGAAUAUGAAAUUGACAUUAAUAAAAUAAUUGAAUAAACUAAAAUAAACAUAUUUUUUAAUUAUGAAAACUUUUUUCGGUGUAGCUGCUUUGUUUACAUUUUGUUUCGCUGCUUUCUUCGCUUCUUGUUCUUCUUAACUAACAUUUGUAUAAUUUUGUGCGUGUGGUAGUUUGGUUGAGACUGUUCUAUAAUAAGUGACAUGCGUUUUUUAAUUCAGUGUAUUAUUUUUAUUUACAUGUAUACAUUUUUAAAAAGGUUCUACGAAUUCCGAACUAAUGCAAAUUACGGUGGUAACGGUUGCAACACCUUCAUUUGUUGCUGAAUCUCCAUUGCCAUCACCGGUUUGCGUACCUUCGCCCUCAGAGAUCAUGAUGUCGCCAACCGAGCCUUCAUCCUUCACCAUGUCAUCACCUGAG